CCACAGGCUAGACAUUGGAGCCGAGGUCUGGUCACCUCGAACCCGUAGCUGUUGUCAACAAUACUCAGUAUUCUGUGAGCUUGUCUCUUGUUUAAAGUGUUAACAGUGGCUAAUAAACCUCGACGUAGUGCGCAGGCGGCCAUCUUUAUCCUGUCUUCUCCACCGUGCACGGUCUGCUGUUCAUGUCCUCCACGCGCAGGAACGCACACGGAGACGCGCGCACUGGAACCGCGCGGUCACGCGCAUGACGCAGCGAGAAACACAAACGCGAAUAUCUCCCUUUGCACCUUUUCGAGAAAAAUGCCAGUGAACUCAGCAAAGAACAUUACACCUGCAUGGACCCAAGGCAUACCGCUACCUCAGAAGCACGCUGCAACUUCCUCUCCCUCAUCCACGCUCAUUGCAAAGGUGGUUGUCAUCAUUGGAUGAGAGGCCGGGCCUGAAUACAAUGAUGCUAAACAUGUUGGGGCGUAAAUUUGAAGAAGACCCUGACAAGCAUGGCCAUGUGACAUUGAUGCUGGAUGCCAUGUCCAUAAAGAAGCUUCUGCAGUACAAUCCUCGGACUAAUCGAAUGUCAGGAUAUGUGGACCUAGGCAAUGGCUGUAAUGAAACAGAUCCUGCCACAGAGGCUCUAGUGUUGAUGGUUGUUGGCCUUAAAGGCCAUUGGAAUGCACCGAUAGGCUACUUCUUUACUUCAACACUCACAGCAGACACACAAAAAGAGCUUGUUGUCCAAGCUUUGGAGGCACUACAUGACCGUUCCAUCAAAGUAGUGAAUAUUACCAUGGAUGGACAUGCCACCAGCCUGGGUAUCUGCAACUUGCUUAGAACUAAUCUUAAGGGAAACCCGAAAGACCCCCUGAAGACCAGCUUUACUCAUCCUUCUUCAGGUGAUGAGGUAUUUGUCAUAAUGGAUGAGUGCCACAUGCUCAAGCUCGCACGCAAUAUGCUUGAGUCAUACCGGACUAUCAACAGUGGCAGUGGCAGGAUCGAGUGGAAGCACAUUGUUGAGCUCAACAAUGUGCAAAAAAAGGAAGGGCUGGAUGCCGACAGCCAACAAACUGACAGAUACUCAUGUCAGUUUCAACAACCAAAAAAUGAAGGUUUCCCUGGCGGCACAGACAUGAAGCAACUCGGUUGCAGUGGCCCUCCGGACACUGAAAGAUCUUGGCUACGAACAAUUGAAUGACUGUGAAGCCACAGUGGAAUUCCUUCAGGCACUGCAACACUAUGAAUCCCUUGAACCUAAUUGUCCCAAUUGUCUCCCUGCUAUACUUGCAUGGCAGUAUAGCAUGUCAAUGUUUUUUCAGUAUACAAAACGUAAUUAGUGUAUUGACAAGCAGGCCUCUCUCACUCACUUCCUACUUUCAGCCUCUUCACCACAUUUAAGCCAAUAUGUAUUGAAUUUUGACUGAAAGGCAAUUAAGUUGGAUAUCUCUAUGGAUCAUCUGAUUUUUCCCUCUAGUUGCUAAAGCUCUAGCAUUGAAUAACUUGUUACAGUGAUUAAGAUGUAUGAAUAAACCCAAACAUUUCUUUAGAUGAUUGACAGGCUCUUUGACAUAUUGAAUAGCCGAAACCCUCAUGCUAUACGAUACAAAGCACCUAUUGGGAACCUCCAUUGGUGUUUUUUUGAGUUUGAGUUUGAGUUCCUGUCAAAGGCUAGGAAGUACUUGCUAGCAGUCAAAGAGGUUACUUUUUAAAUACUUAUUGCAUGUUGUUCUGAAUGGAAUUCAUGAUAUGCUAUUAUGCACAGAGUUCACAAUGUGUUGUUUUGCACGGAGUUCAUGAUAUGCUGUUCUGCAUCAGGUUUAAAGGAAGUUCUGUAUUUUUUUAGGUGGAGUUGGUAAUAUAAUGAGCAAUGUUGAUAAUUUAAAGUUAAUGUAGUCUUUAGCAUGUCUGCUAUGAUCAGUUCUACAAAACAUUUUGGAAAUUUAAGGUACCUGUCUGUCAUGGGGUUCGUUAUAAACAUUGACACUCUGAUGGGGAUGAUUCCUCAACUCCUGGAAGAGCAACAAUAUGUCCUGAACUACCGCUUCAGCCAGGAUCAUUUGGAGCUUCUCUUCAAUUCUAUCAGAGCAUCAGGAGGCUGGAAUAACAACCCAACUGCUGGACAGUUCCAGGGUAUCUUCCACAAGCUCAUCAUGUAUAGAUGUGGUGUCAAGCCGGUGGAUUCUGGCAACGUGAGAGGACAGGAUGCCACUGUCACCCUGUCAGCUGAGCACUACACCAGAGUCUCCCUUUCCGCUGCUGAGAUGUCCUCUGCAGAUGCCGCCACUGCUGAAGAGCUGGUUUCUCCAUUCCUGAACAUUUCUGCCCUUGUAGGGGACCACAGCUACCUCCCGACUCGCUUUGGUGCUCUAGUAGAAAACGCACUGGUCUACAUUGCUGGGUUCGUUGUCCGGUGUAUUUUUCGCAGCCUGUCCUGUGUUGUGUGCCGUGCCAGCCUGGUGACAGAUGCUGUAGCUGUCCCAUUUGACCAGAGCUACCAUCUGCUGGAACUUCGUAAUAACGGUGGGCUGAUGAUUCCUUCAAAGGGAACUGUAAAGGUGGUGAGAGCUGCGGAGAGGUCAAUACGUCAACACUCUUCAGGGAAAGCCCCUGAUGAGGUUGUUGUAGCCCACUUUGUCAGAGAGGAAAUCGGGACAGAGGACGUCUUUGCACUGGGGAGCCAUGUCCAAGAAAGCCAGUUUGGCAUUGACAAUCACCUGUCCCUCCUCCUGUCGCUGGUUGUCUCUGUCUUAAUGCGAAUACGGCUGCAUCAUAUCGCCAAAUUAACCUCGCUUACCUGGCAGAGAGGAAAUUCCCGAAAAAAACUCGAAAAAACCAUCCUGUUUCAGGGAUUUUCAAAAUGACAGAUAUAGUUACACAUGUAUAUAUAUA